CCCCCCUCCUGCCCUACAUGGGGAUUGGUGCAAAUGGCUUCAUGGAUUUGAGAAAAGGGGGUCAGUCUAUUUAAAGCCAUUUUUUGCCGCCCGCCGGCUCCCGCCACAUUGCCUUCCUCCUCUUGCUCAAGCGCUGUGGUGCUCCAGCUGCAAAAACUCCAGCAUGUCAGAAAAGCUGCCCUACAAAGUGGCUGACAUCAGUCUUGCAGACUGGGGUCGCAAGGCCCUUGAGAUUGCUGAGAAUGAGAUGCCAGGGUUGAUGAAGAUGCGGGAGAUGUAUUCUGCAUCAAAACCAUUGAAAGGAGCUAGAAUUGCUGGUUGCCUACACAUGACUGUGCAGACUGCAGUUCUGAUUGAAACUCUGAUGGCCCUGGGAGCUGAGGUGCAGUGGUCGAGUUGCAACAUUUUCUCCACUCAAGAUCAUGCUGCUGCAGCUAUUGCCAAAACUGGAGUUCCUGUGUUCGCAUGGAAAGGGGAAACAGAUGAGGAGUAUGUAUGGUGUAUCGAGCAGACUCUCUAUUUUAAGGAUGGACAACCCUUGAAUAUGAUUCUAGAUGAUGGUGGCGACCUCACUGACUUGGUUCACACCAAAUAUCCCCAGCUCCUGAAAGGAAUCAGAGGUGUCUCUGAGGAGACUACUACUGGAGUCCAUAAACUCUAUAAAAUGCAGGCCAGUGAAACUCUGAAGUUGCCAGCUAUCAAUGUUAACGACUCUGUUACCAAGAGUAAGUUUGAUAACCUUUAUGGCUGCAGAGAAUCUCUUAUCGAUGGCAUUAAGCGUGCCACAGAUGUCAUGAUUGCUGGGAAAGUGGCCGUUGUGGCAGGCUAUGGCGAUGUUGGCAAGGGCUGUGCUCAGGCCCUGAGGAACUUUGGUGCCAGGGUCAUCAUCACAGAAAUUGAUCCCAUCAAUGCACUGCAAGCAGCCAUGGAAGGUUAUGAAGUUACGACAAUGGAAGAGGCUUGCAAAGAAGGCAACAUUUUUGUUACAACCACUGGAUGUACAGACAUCGUGCAGGGAAGGCAUUUUGAGCAGAUGAAAGAUGAUAGCAUUGUCUGUAAUAUCGGGCACUUUGAUGUGGAAAUUGAUGUGAAAUGGCUGAAUGAGAAUGCGGCAGAGACUGUGAACAUUAAACCUCAGGUGGACCGCUACACACUGAAAAAUGGCCGCCACAUCAUACUUCUCGCAGAAGGAAGGCUGGUGAACCUGGGGUGUGCCAUGGGUCAUCCUAGCUUUGUCAUGAGCAACUCAUUUACCAACCAAGUGCUGGCACAGAUAGAGCUUUGGACAAAUCCUGGCAAAUAUGCAGUAGGAGUCCAUAUCCUGCCAAAGAAACUGGAUGAAGCUGUAGCUGCUGCUCAUUUGGAUAAACUAUGUGUGAAACUGACAAAGCUGAGCGAGAAGCAGGCCAAGUACCUGGGCUUGCCAAAGGAGGGUCCCUUCAAACCAGAGCAUUACAGAUACUGACCAGCUAGCGAGGCCCAAAGAUCUCAAGAUGCAGAGAUAGUAAUCCAAAGUACUUGCUUUCCUGCUGGGAUUCAGAGGACAGCUGCUCCCCUUGUCAUGUAUAGGCACACUUCAUACCAUUUCUUUUUGGCAAAAAUCCAUCUCUGUCUCCCUCCUGUUCCUGUGGGAUGCAGAGGCUGUGUAUUCCUUUAGGCUUCAGUGUAGGUUCUUCUCAUCCUGGUGCCAGAUGAACUGGACCACAAUUAAGAUCAUGCUAAAAGAUAAUUUAAUGUAAGAAUCACUUACAUUGAUAAUAUUUUCUACCUAACUGUAAACAUAGCAGUGUAGUUUUUGUUGUAAUAUGGUCCCAUUUUUGGUCGCUCACACUAGAAAGAAAAUCUGUCUGGAACGGUAACCUCUAGAAAUAGUUUCCAAAAGGCUGGGGUGGGGAACUGCUUAGCUGUCUGAAAAAAAACAGCGGGGAAUGUCUGUUGUGGCCUAGCUUUUGUAUCUUGUGCCUGUCCUAUCAAAAAUUGAGUUUGCUAAAAAUCUGCACUGCUAAUCUUGUCUUUAUUGUGGGAGCCAUGUUGGGAAGAAGAAUGAUAUUGUUAUAACAUGCCUCUAUUGCCAUACAACUGUCCAAUGAUUUUUAUCAAGUUGAUAUGUCCUGCUUAUGUUUAAUGCUCAGUAACAUUGCUUGAAGACAUAGCUCCUUUUCAUGACAGUUGUUCUGUUACCUUAUAUUGUUUGCUGUGGCUACAAAUCCUUAAAAAAAGAUCUUACGGGGGUGCUCCAAAUCUUAUAGUGUAUAGCUCAAGCCAGGCAUUGGCUAAUUUUGCGGAGGCUGAGUAGUUUUCCCCCUUAUGUGAUAGUGUUGACCCCCACAAAAUAUGGAUCUGAACCACAAACCUUCACACUAAUUUUAAGUGCUAGGUUUCCACUGACAAAGUCUGGAAGCAUCUGGUGCAGCAGCGUUACUAAGGCUAAGAAAGUCUAUGUCAGAUCAGAGUCUGGAUGGAAGAUUUUCUAGACGUAUUAUGUAUUUCAUUUCCAUGGAAGAAAGGCAAGGUAAAAAUAUUUCUAAAAUAGAACCAAAGGAUGUGAAUUUCCAGGAUCUGGGUGUGGGUUAUUGUACUUCAUACUCUAAUUCUCUCUUGCCAGUUAAGUACAUUUCAAUACAGGUGCAAAAUAUCCUUUAUGCAUCCAUCCCUGGAUUCUCAGGUUUCCUCAUAUAUGGCACGAAACUUUGUAUGUUUCAGCCAUGUGUUCACUCAAGAGAUGGCAAUGAUGUCUACCAAUAGUACUUCAAAGUACAAAGCGCCCAAGUACUUCAAAGACUGGGAGAACUCCUGCUUCAGAUUCCUAGAGAUAGUUAACGCUGGCCAAUGUUAUUGUAGUCACAGGCAUCCACAAGCCCAAAGAAGGGAGUAGAAAGAAGUUGGCAGGGUCUUGUGUGGGUAAGCUUUCUCUGUCAUCCUUGGGCAGGCCCAUGCACAGAACAGUGAUCUAAGGUUAACAUCUACAAAUUCUGCCCUUCCCUUGAAGGAAGAGGGGUCUCUCUCCCUGCUUCCCCAUUUGAACUCUUGCCGCUAUCAGUCAUGAUUAUUAUUAGAAGAACAGAAGGUCAAGUCUUGGGUCUCCUUGCUGAAAGUUUACAAAGCAGGCAUACAGGAACUGUCACUUUCCCUUUUGGAACAUGUUUUGCAAGCCUCUAUCUGCUUCUGGCACUUUACAUGAAGUGUUUGGCUUCUCCCCAAAGUGGAAAUUAGCUUCUAAGUCCUGAAACCUGGAAGCCUAGCUUAGCAGCAGGUACCAGUGGUUCUAAGAACUGAGACUACUGGGACAAUUCCAUUUCAAAUGGUUAUCACCACAAUCACAUAAUCUACCCUCCUUUUUCACAGGUAUCAUCCUUGUUUUGGACGUUUUUCAAGCCAACAUGAAAUGAAUGAUUGGGAUAAUUCACCCUUUGUCCCUCAAAGCAUAAACAAAAGCAAAAUCUCUUCCGUUGAAGGGCUAGAUAGAUCUUGACCUCCAGAAAUUUUCUGCAUAGGCACUGAGUUUGUAUAUGUGUUUAUACAGAUGGCCACAUUAGUUACCCGUAAGCAACUAUUUUUUAAGACUAAAUGCUGGUAAUUCAGUGGGUGAAGCAUUUUUACAUUCUAGCAUCCAGGUGAUAGGAAGGGUCAAAUGGCCAUCUCUGCACUCUUUUCUGAUUCCAAAUUCAGAUGUGAAGUUACUUUUUCACUAUAUGGUGUCUUUGUGGUCUGCCAAUAGGCUAAAUAAGAGCUCGAAAUGGCUGUCUUUGGAAGUUUGGGAAACUGAUGCAAAGGGAAGGGUUAAAAAACCUGUUCCCUCUGCACUUUGGUCCUUAUGGUAAUUUGACUCCAUGUCUAGUUACUGUUUGAAAGAAAAAUACCUGAGAUCUCUGCUUGAAGUGUUCUGUUGCAUUAAGACCUUCAAACAGACAGUAGACAAAUGGAUGUGUGUUUAGAGACAUGUUUCAAAGAUCCCUUUGAUGAAAAUAGAAUCUGGUUUUACUCUUAAAGCUUUGCUUGUUUUUCAUAUCUGGAAUUAAAUUUUACACCAAUUGAGA